CAACAGCCAAUGGGCGCGAGCAAUGCUGGGAUGUGGGCGCCGGGGCGGGCGGGCCGCCGGAGAGCCGCGGGCAGUGCGGGAAUUUCGGACGGCGCGGGAGGAGCGGCGGCUGGGUCCGGGGCGCGGCGGAGUGAAAAUGCCAUAUAUUAAGAAGACAGCUGGAAAAAAGGUCCCUGCAAAAAGGAAACUUGCUGAAGUGUUUGCUCUGGGGGAGGUUCUAACAGACACAUCAAGAAAAGAAUGGAAAUUAGGUGCCCCUAUAGGGCAAGGAGGCUUUGGACGUCUAUACCUUGCUGAUGUUAAUUCUUCAAAGUCGGUUGGCAGUGACGCACCUUAUGUUGUAAAAGUGGAACCCAGCCAGAAUGGACCUCUUUUUACUGAGUUAAAGUUCUACAUGCGAGCUGCUAAGCCAGAUGAAAUUCAGAAGUGGACUAAGUCCCAUAAACUGAAAUAUUUAGGUGUACCAAGAUAUUGGGGUUCUGGCUUGCAUGAAAGAAGUGGAAACAGCUAUCGGUUUAUGAUAAUGGAUCGUUUUGGCAGAGAUCUUCAGAAGGUGUAUGAAGAGAAUGCAAAGCGAUUUGCUCAUAAAACUGUACUUCAAUUAGGCCUGAGAAUACUUGAUAUUCUGGAAUACAUCCAUGAGCAUGAAUAUGUGCAUGGAGACAUCAAGGCCUCAAACCUUCUUCAGAGUUACAAGAACCCUAAUCAGGUGUAUUUGGUGGAUUAUGGGCUUGCGUACCGAUACUGUCCUGAAGGAGUUCACAAAGCAUAUAAGGAAGAUCCUAAAAGGUGUCAUGAUGGAACUAUUGAGUAUACCAGUAUAGAUGCACACAAGGGUGUGGCACCAUCGAGACGCGGGGACCUGGAGAUCUUAGGUUACUGUAUGGUUCAUUGGCUUAGUGGCCAUCUACCGUGGGAAGAUAAUUUGAAAGAUCCAAAUUUUGUCAGAGACUCAAAGAUCAGAUGUAGAGAUAAUAUUUCAGAGUUGAUGGACAAAUGCUUUCCUGGGAAAAAUAAACCAGAUGAAAUAGGGAAAUAUAUGGAAAAGGUGAAACAACUGAGCUAUGAAGAGAAACCUGCAUAUCCACAUUUCCGAGAAAUACUUCUGCAAGGUCUCAAGUCUAUUGGGCAAAAAGAUGAUGGAGUACUUGACUUUGGCUUGUCAGAGAAUGGAGACGUGCAAACGAACCCUGUGCAAAAGAAAAAAAGAAAGGCAGCAGCUGCAGCCAAUGAGAGCAGUGAAGCAGAAAUGGAAGAUGCAGGAAGUCCAGAAAAAAAGAAGCCUACUUCUUCCAAAGCGGUAGCUACCAGAACACGAAAAAUGACAUCACCAAAAACCAAGAAAGGCGCAGCAACCAGGAAGAGAGUUCAGAAGUAAAUAAUACAUGGAGCAAUAACUUAAGUUGCUCUUCAGCUCAUCUCUUUUUUUUUUUUUUUUUCAGUUAUUGUAGCACUGGAAUCUAUUUCAUUCCCUUUUUUUACACAAUAAUUCCUGUAAAAAAAAAAAUCAAAAAAAAAAACCCCAAAAAAACCAUGGACUGCUGUUUGUACUUGUUUUUUGAAGAAUAAAUGUUUUAGUAAAAUA